UCAAUUGUUUUAAAAGUGUGUGCAAUGCAAAAAUCCCUAGAAAUUCUUAGGCCUCCUUGUAUCGGGUUAGGUUAAGUCAGGUUGUUUAAUGGUAUUGCUUGUUGAUCUCGAGCUUUGCACCGAAUUUGAAAUUUGAUUUUCCAGCAAUAUUAAAACAGCAAAAUGCAAAGUUGUUGUAUACAAGGAUGUGAAAGUUAUAGGAAGGUUGGAACAAGGAGUAUCGGAUACUUCAAGUUUCCAUUGUGCAACAAAGUACUACUCAAGAAGUGGUUGAAACAAAUUGGACUAGCGAAUUGGCAACCUUCUGAACAUGAUCAAAUAUGCAGUGCACAUUUUGAAACACGAGAUCUUAAAUUCCACCCUGUGCGUAAAUAUCCUCUCUUAAAACCAUCUGCAGUGCCAUCAAUAUUUCCAAUUCGACCAACCUGCAUUAAACAAUCAAAUAAUGAACAGAAUAUUGUGGAUGCAUCGAAACAGAUACUUCAACUACCUUUGCAGCAGUUUCAGAUUAAUAAUAAAGCGACCAAUGGAUUGCCACUGUUACAAUCCAGUCCUGUCAUAUUGAUACCAGCACAAAUAAAUCAAAUGACUAAUAUUUCUCAGCCAGUUGUCCAAGUUCCUUCUGGAGGACAAGUUACUCAAUCUAAGUUACGAAAGAUUUUACCUAAACCAAGUCCAUGCAUCUUUACUAUGUUUGAUAACAUUGUUCAGCCACAAAUGAAUAAGGUACCUAUACCAAAGUUGAAUAAUGUAAAUGUAUCCAAAACCAAUAACAUUAUUGAAACAACUCCAACAACUCCAUGCGCAUCUAAAACUGGUACUGUUAAAAAGCCAAUAUUAAGAAUAACUAUAAAUAAAAAGUAUGACUCAUCACCACCGCCUAUAAUCUCGGAAUCAUACGAAACAGUGUAUUUACCACAAAAGAAUGAACACAAUCCAGAGUACACAUUUAUAAAAGUUAAAAGUGGUAAUAAUGAAGUAUUGCACAAUAAAUGUGACAGCGCUGACAACAUUGGAACAUGUUCACCUACUGAACCUAAAACAAGAAAUAUAAAACAAACAAAUUCUACAUCAAUAUCUGAACAAGCAGAUAUAAUACCGGAAAGUGUUAGCACAAAGUCUAUUGAUAUGCCCUGGAAUCGUGAAUCUCCAUCUACAGCGAAGCUACAAUAUUUAUAUGCAAAAGCUCGCCAAGAUUGUUAUCAGUUACGAAAACGUCUUAAAACAUUACAUGAGAAGCAAAAACUUGAACAACAAGAGGUCAAGAAGUUACACAGUCAUCUUGCUGAACUUGGUAGGAAGAUUCAACAUAGUUAUCAAACUAACGCUGCUGAACCAAGAGGAAAAAGAAAGAGCAAAUUUAAUAAAAAUUUUAACAAUGAUGUAGAUGAAGAUGAAUAUGAAGAAUUGCUCAAAGAAGUAAGGAGGAUAAAACAAGAUAUUAAAAAAACAAGAAGAUAUUCGAGUGAGCAUUCCACACAGAAUAUUUCACACCUCUUAAAUAAUGUGAUGAAUGAAAAUAGUAUAGAAGAAAGCAACGAAGAGAACAAAGAGGAAAAUAACAUAAGAUUAACUGUAGACGACGGAGAAAUUAUCGGAGAAAUUUCUGAUGAUUGCAAUGAAGUUCUCAAAGAUAUUACUGAAGACCCUGUUGUGAUGGACUUGAAUGAGGAUGAUAGAAGUAUGGAGUUUAAUGAAGAAUUUCUAGAUCCAAGUCUCAUCGAUGGAUAAAGUGAAUUUGAUAAGAAAGUGGCACAACUAAUGAAUAAACAAAUUUAUCUCUAUCACAUAUUGUUUGUAAAGUGAUGCAAAGUGUUUUACAGUUAAAAGGUACACGGUUGUUCGAUUCUUCCCGAAAGAAACGUUGAAAAUGUUUAAGAGACCUGCAGUAGUUAUUAUUUUUUUUUUUUUACCAAAUAUGAACAAAUUAUUUCAGUUCUUUUUGCGGGAUCACUCAUUUCUUCAAGGAGCAUUUGUAUAUCAUCUUGGCAAUGUUGUUUUCUAUUAAUAUUCGCUAGAAUGCAAUUUUUAAUUAA